AUGCCUUUCCCUUACAUACUAUUCACUUUACUAGUAAUAUUUUGGAUACAAGCUUUUAGAUAGUUGUGUAAAUACGUGUGCUCUCAAAUAGCUUUUUCUAUCUUAUCAAUGGUGCACUGGCUAUUUGCUUUUAUCUAUUUCUAACUGAUUGUUUCUAUUGAGUUGGAUAAAGAUGUAUAAUUUAAAGUAUUUGGAAAUGAACUAACUGAGAUUUAGAUGUAUUUCCAUGUUCUUACCUGCUCUUACUUUGGAUUUGAUAUUGUGGCUAAAUUCAUUAAAAAAUAGCUUAACUUGUGGCUAUUUAUUCACCAUGGACUAACACUGUUAUUUAUAGCUGUUGCUUUAAGUGAAAAAUAAUCUGGGUGUGAGAAUAUCUACAUUUUAAGAUAUGCCACCUUCUGCAAUGUCCCUAUGAAUUUACGAGAUAUAUUUAGGGCAUUAGAUUUGAGGCAAACAAUAUCAUAUCAUUAUCUUAACUGCCUUUAUGCUAUAAUUUACAGUUUCAAUUUCAUUUUCAUGCUGCCAAUGUGCUUAAUUUAAUUCUUAUAUAGCAAUACAAUAAAUAGCACCAUUAUAUUGCUUGCAUUUUUAUGCGCAUAAGCACUCUAUACGAUUAAAAAAACUCACAUCCCUCAAUUUACAAAAAGUUCUAAUUUUAUAAUUAAGAACAUAAGAAACUAUUGA